ACCUCAGACCUGAGAAGAAGCUUCGGGGGCCAGCCACCUAGUUCUGCCUGUAUUACAGUGAAGAGGAUCUGCUUAAGAGAUGAAGCUUUUGAACUGGUUGAUAGAGAUACUGAUAAUUCUUGGGAUCACAAUUAAAAGUGUUGAAGCAGAAAAACAUACUAAAAGACAAAAAGAAACAAAUGUCACCACACAGGUAUCAGUGAAUGAAGACAAACAAUUUGUAUCACAUAUGCUGGAACAAAAAAAAUCAGGUGAAGUAAUCAAUGCAAGAGAAAAUCUCUUAGAAAGAAAGAAGCAACACAAAUUAAAAAUACAAGGAAUUGAAAAUAGAGAUCUCCCAAAGAGAAAUACAAACCAUUUAAAAGAGCAAGUAAAGAAAAAUUUCACAGAUGAAAGAGAUGAGCUCUUUAAGAUGGGCAUCAAGAUUCUCCAGAAGUCUAAAAGCCAAAAACAAAAAGCAGAGGCCUACAUGGUUUUUGCCAAAGCAGCUGAUAUGGGAAAUUUGAAAGCUAUGGAGAAAAUGGCUGAUGCUUUGCUAUUUGGAAAUUUUGGCCUGCAAAACAUAACAGCAGCUAUCCAAUUAUAUGAGUUCUUGGCUAAGGAAGGAUCGUAUAAAGCCCAAAACGCAUUAGGAUUUUUGUCUUCUUAUGGAAUAGGAAUGGAGUAUGAUCAAGCCAAGGCACUGAUAUAUUAUACCUUUGGAAGCGCUGGAGGAAGUAUGAUGUCCCAGAUGAUUUUGGGGUACAGAUAUUUGUCAGGAAUCAACGUUCUACAGGAUUGUGAAACUGCCCUAAAUCACUACAAGAAAGUGGCAGAUUAUAUUGCUGACAAAUUGGAAAAAAAUGAAGGCAUUCCAGUGGAAAAAGUGAGACUAACUGAGAGACUUGAAAAUUUGAGUUCUAACAAUGAGAUUUUGGACUGGGACAUAUACCAAUACUAUAAAUUUUUGGCAGAAAGAGGAGAUGUUCAGAUACAAGUAUCUCUUGGACAGUUACAUCUGAUUGGGAGGAAAGGUCUAGAUCAGAAUUACUACAAAGCAUUAUACUACUUUUUAAAGGCAGCAAAAGCUGGGAGUGCAAAUGCCAUGGCAUUUAUAGGAAAGAUGUAUUUAGAGGGGAAUGCUGCUGCACCACAAAAUAAUGCUACUGCCUUCAAAUACUUUUCCAUGGCAGCCAAUAAGGGCAAUGCAAUUGGUCUUCAUGGACUUGGUCUCCUUCACUUUUAUGGAAAAGGAGUUCCAGUGAAUUAUGCUGAAGCACUUAAGUACUUUCAGAAAGCUGCAGAGAAAGGAUGGCCCAACGCACAGUUCCAGCUCGGCUUCAUGUACUACUCUGGCUCUGGAGUUUGGAAAGAUUAUAAACUUGCCUUCAAAUAUUUUUACUUGGCAUCUCAGAGUGGGCAGCCCCUCGCCAUUUAUUAUCUGGCCGAGAUGUAUGCAACAGGCACAGGGGUGUCAAGAUCAUGCACAACUGCUGUGGAGCUUUAUAAAGGCGUCUGUGAACUAGGCCACUGGGCUGACAAAUUCCUGACAGCUUACUUUGCCUAUAAGGAUGGUGAUAUAGAUUCAUCUCUUGUUCAGUAUGCACUGCUCGCAGAAAUGGGGUAUGAAGUAGCUCAAAGCAAUUCAGCAUUCAUUUUGGAAUCUAAAAGGGCUAACGUUCUUCAAAAAGAGAAGAUAUAUCCAAUGGCACUACUCUUAUGGAAUCGAGCUGCUGUUCAAGGAAAUGCAUUUGCUAGAGUAAAAAUUGGAGAUUACCAUUACUACGGCUAUGGGACUAAGAAAGACUAUCAAACUGCUGCGUCACACUACAGCAUUGCAGCUGACAAAUAUCACAACGCACAGGCCAUGUUCAAUCUGGCCUAUAUGUAUGAACAUGGCUUAGGUAUUGCAAAGGACAUUCACUUGGCCAGGAGAUUAUAUAAUAUGGCUGCUCAAACAAGUCCAGAUGCUCAUGUACCUGUAUUCCUUGCCCUCAUGAAACUGGAAACUAUGCAUUUGCUCAGAGAUAUCCUGUUUUUUAAUUUUACAACAAUAUGGAAAUGGAUGACAUUGGAGAGCACCCUUGGACCAUACUGGGAUUUAUUUAUGAUUGGACUAAUUAUUGCCAUGCUGAUCUUCCUACUUAAAAAUCACCACAGAUAGGAUAUGGAUCACCAGAAAAUCUGCUCAUGGAUUCAUGCCAAGCUAACUUCACUUAAUAAAGAAUUCCCU